CUCCCCCCCUCCUCCCGUGUCAGUGUGUAAGGACUGUUCGCUCGGUGCGGAGCUCCCGGGAUCUGUCCGUUCUGUCCGGUAUGGAGCUGCAGCCGGCUCCCAGCUGACCCAACACCCGCCCGUGCCUGAGCUGUGGAUGGAGGAGGGGCAGACAUGGAUCCCAGCGGCGCUUCCCAGUGCAUCCAUGUGCAGCUCCAAGGGGGGGCCCCCUGGGGAUUCACCCUGAAAGGGGGGCUGGAGCACGGGGAGCCCCUCAUCAUCUCCAAGAUUGAAGAUGGCGGCAAAGCAGCGAAAAGUGAGAAGAUGGAAGUGGGGGAUGAACUGGUGAAUAUUAAUGGGACUCCUUUAUAUGGAUCGCGUCAAGAAGCUUUAAUCCUGAUCAAAGGUUCCUACAAGAUUCUCAAGAUGAUUGUCCGGAGGAGGAAUGUUUCGGUUGUGCGACCUCACUCAUGGCACCUUGCCAAGCUGUCCGAAGUCCAUCCCGAUGUAGCAAGUAUGCAGUAUCCCACAGAUGCCUUCAGUUUGUCCUGGCAUUCUGGCUGUGAAACUAGUGAACUUCCUAUGCAGUGGAAUCCUUUGUCGAGACACUGCAGCACAGACAAAAGCAGCUCCAUUGGUAGCAUGGAAAGUCUUGACCAGCCAGGACAAAAUUAUUAUGAAGGAACACUUUCCCCUAUUGACCCAGGCAUGUACCAGAAUAAAAGAGACUCUGCCUAUAGCUCGUUUUCUGCAAGCUCCAACACUUCUGAUUAUACCGUGUCUGCUAGAACGGAAGAGUCUUCUCCAAUUAACUGUGUGCUCAGGUCAACCAAACAGGAAGAUGGUCGAUAUCUCCAGACGGGACAAAGUGCUCUUGACCCACAGGAAGAUGUACCUAGCCAGACAUUAGGCGAUCAUCCUCAACAGCCCGCUUCGUUCUGUUACGACUCCAACCAUUUGGAUAUCAUAAAAUCACCACCACAGCCUCCUGUGCGAAGAGAUAGCUUACGAGCGUCUAAAAACCAGUUGUGCCAAAGUGAGAAAAGGAGAGCCUCCGCUCCAGGGGAAACCUUUUAUAUACCUGGAAGGUGGUCCAAAGACUUCCACCAACUGAACUCUAGCUGUGCCCAGUGCCAGCGUGCCAAAGAUUUCUGCACUCUACAUCAAAAGACAAACUUGUCUUCAGAUCAGUAUUACAUGUUGAGUUCACAGGCCGAUGGCGCUCUACCAAACCAGCCUCCCGGUGCUGACACAGGGGAAAAAAAUGAUUGCACUGAACCAAGAAAGAGAUGCUCUGCCAAUGAGGGGGAAGUUGAAAGUAAUGAGGUUGUUGCCUGUUACACAGUUCAAAAAAUCAGGGAGACGCUUCUUAAAAAUUCAUCUUGUGACCUUCACAAGCCUGAACAUAAUCGUUCUUCUCAAAGAGAAGGCUCCAGCUCGCAGACUGUUUUUAAAAACGAUGCAAAAAUGGCCGCAUCAAACUACUGUUACGACACAGACCAUUGCAACGGAGAAGAUGGAAUGGAUAAAAAGUGCAAUCGUAGUCCUUUUGAAGGCGUUCAGGCUGCUACAUGUCAAAACGCAGAAGUCAAUAACUGUGACCUAAAAGCCCGCCAUGGACGUUCUUUUAGUAGGUCAGAUGGUGAUCCAAAAGAAGCCCCAACUUUCCAAUCGAGUGAAUCAACAGGAGGGCAGGGAUCGCCAAAGUCGAUUCAGGAAUCGGAGACCGGGCAAGUAGAAAAUGCAGUUCCAACCAAAAAACCCGGCUCAUCACGUCAUCGCUCGGCACAGAUGCGACGAAGAAGUGACCGAUUCGCAACCAACUUGAGAAACGAGAUACAGAAUCGAAAGGCUCAGCUUCAAAAGAGCAAGGGCUCUUCAAUUCUUUGUGGUGAGGCUGUUGAAGAAAGAGAUGAGCCAGUUGACUGUCAGCCUCGACAAGCUCCUCCGCCUCCACCACCUAAAAACAAAGCACGUCUUUUGGAAAUCAAAAAGGCCAAUGCUGAGCUGUUCAGCCAUUCUGAUGGUUUAAGUCAAGAAAGAAAUGAAAGCCACAGCCUUGAAAAAAUUAAACCUUUUAAUUGCGUGAGAGAAGGUAUAAAAACACUGACAAACGAAACUGUUCCUGAGGAUGAAGAAGUGUGCGUUGCCUUCAGAAAUAAAGCCUCCAAUGACUGGUGGAAGAGUAGCUCCUCGUGUGCGCCUCACCAAGAGGCACCACUCUAUGAGGAAAGUUAUGGAGGCAAUCAAAAGCCGAUUGAACAUUCCUUUGAUCACUCAAGUAGAAUUCUACAGCAGCCAUCAAAUACGUCUCUCCAAUCUGACACUGAUGAGUGGAGGACAACACCAUCUAGUAGGCCUUCCAGCCCAGACAUAUGGGAGAGAGAUAAAGCAAACCUCGUUGACGGUUCAAAAAGCAAUGAAGAACCCAGGGAUCCAUCAAUUCGAGAGACAAAUCAUUUUGAUAAGUUAUGGAGGACAGGCUCCAGUCAGAAUAUAUCUCACAAUGAACCCCCAGUUGAAGCUUUUACAAAAACCCCAGUUGAAGCUUUUACAAAAACCAGGUCAGAGGAUACAAACUGUUUUAAGAACCGCAACUCUUUUGGUGCUCGUGCCAACAGUGCACAUCAUGGUAAAGAUCAUCAUGGUGGAGAAAAGUGUAUUGGUGACCAAAAAAAGACGAAUCGCGUAGAGGACGUAGGUCUAGAGCAGAAGGCUCGUGAACUAAGGCUUCGUGAGUUGGAAAAAAUAGAGGCUAAACAGUCCAAGGCCUCCCAUCAACCUUCUGGUUUUGAAGAGCAGGUAUCUCACCAUAAACCUCCCGGUGGCAGAUGGACAUUGUCUCCAGAUCCCAAACCUCAGCCUCCUUAUUUCAUGAAAGGGAGCCCUCCGGAAGUUGACAUGAACGCGGAAGAAGUGGUUCCCCCCAUCUCUCGCGUGACUGAGCCCAGUGUCCUCAUGCCUUUUGCGGAUCGAAGGAGGUUUUUCGAGGAUAGUAGCAAGGGGCCUCCAUCGUCCCACAUCUCCAUGCACAUGAAAAUGAAUAAAAAUACGCUUUGCUCAAGUCUUUCCGACUAUUCUUGCUCUCAGACUGUGGCUCCCGAUGUAAGAAGGCAUUCUGUGGAUCAUACGUGUCAUCCUUUAUCUCCCGGUAGGCAAGAGAGCGGUGUGCCGUGUUCUGAGUACUGCAUGAGUCACGCAGUGGAACCACCACUGUGUUGUAAUCCAAAUGGUCAUAUGGCGGACUACCUGCACUCUGUGUCCUGUGGAUAUAGAUCGUGCAUGUUCUGCUCCAGUGAUGUGUGUCCGGCUUUGCUUAAAAGGAAUAUAUCGAUGACCCAUCACGGUUGUCACUGUCAACACCACCAUCAUCGCCAUCAUCCAUGGACAAGAUGUAAUGAAUGUUUGUGUCCUAACCAACAUCCCUCCUUGGAGGAAGCCACAGCCAUGCAUAGUGACCCAUGGCACUUGAGGCAAUCCAUGUUACAGGAAGCAUCGCUGAAAGAAUGGAACCAGCAACUGAAGAUCAACAGGAAGUGCAGCCAGUCUGUGAGUGAAUUAUGUCAGUUUAAUUCUGGCUUUCAUUAUCCGGGCCCACACAAGACCUGCUGCGAGGGCGGUGACCAGGAACGGCCUCAGUGCUACAAGGCAGCAUCUACAUAUGACCUCUCCUGUGAACAUCCCUUCAGGCCUGUGGAUUUGCCAUCAGCCCAGGAUGGGCCACCACAAUGGGGACUUUCAAGAGAUAGGUCUUACUCUGUAAACCACCUGAACUUGGAACAUCUCAAAGUACGGGACAGGCAAGAGCCGUCUGUUGUGAAGCUUCAACAAACUGAGCCAUCGGCCCGGCCGAAGAAACAAGUUCCGCCUCGUCCUCCACCACCUAACUGGGAGAAGUACAAAGAGCGGAGGUCAUCCCAAGAGUCAACCAAGUUUGUUUCUGGACUCGCAUGUGCUCAAGAUGUGCCCAGUGUACCUGGAUAUAGUACAAAUCUGGACGAGGCGAGGCAGCGAUCUCAGAGUCUGCCCAUGGAAAAGACCUUUUCCCAGGUGGCACCUUCCCCUCCACCAAUGCAAGCAACGGAUUAUAGCACAGGACCAUCAGAGAUGAGGAGUUCUUUAAAUGGAUCUCCAGAUCGAUCUGUGACUGCUUCUCCAAGCCAAGACACUUCAAAUGAUUUUCCAAAGACAUCGGUCAGUCCUUCUCCUCACCCCUCUGACUUCGCCUCGGGUGGUGCGGAGGAGUCUGAGGCAGCAGAUGAAAGUGUCUUCGGGGAUCAGCCGUUCUGCGAGAAGUCCUCUACAAUGGGACCAAUGUCCACGGAUAACCCUGAGAAAGAUCCACCAUCCAACUUGGUAGAUAUCUUUGAAGGAAAUUUCCAUCGUUUUGAAGAUGAUUGGUCCACAGACAGAGAAUCUGAAAUCUCCAUUCCGGAAAGGUAUGAAUUUCAGCCCAUCUCCCCACCCCCUCUCCACGGUGCCACCAGCCCCACCUCCUGCACCUCCUACUACAACACCUCCGCUGCCAAAGCCGAUCUCCUCAACAAGAUGAAGGGAAUGCCCGAAGCCCAGGAGAAAGGCGGGGGCGUGGCCGGAGCCGAGGAAGACGACGCGCUGACCUUCAAGAAAAUGCAACUCAUCGAAAGCAUCAGCAGAAAGCUCUCCGUGUUACAUGAAGCUCAGCAAGGCCUUCAGGAGGACAUCGCCGCCAACGGGACCCUGGGCUGCGAGUUGGAGAGUCUCAUCAAGAGCAUUUGUAAGCCCAACGAGUACGACAAGUUCCGCUCGUUCAUCGGAGAUCUGGACAAGGUGGUCAACUUGCUGCUGUCCCUCUCCGGACGUCUCACCAGGGUGGAGAGCGCGCUAAAUUGCGGUGACUCGGGGCCUUCCAUGGAAGAGAAGCUGAACCUACUGGAGAAGAAGAAGCAGCUGACCGACCAACUAGAGGAUGCUCAGGAGCUGAAGGCCCACGUGACGCGGCGGGAGCAGGUGGUCCUCGAAGCCGUGUCCAAGUACCUAAACGAGGAUCAGCUCCAGGAUUACCAACACUACGUAAAGAUGACCUCCGCCCUGAUUGUAGAACAAAGAGAGCUGGAGGAUAAAAUCAGACUGGGAGAAGAACAAUUAAGAUGUCUCCGGGAAAGUCUCUAAUCUCAUUAACCAAAGAAAAAAAGAAAAAAAA